GGUACCCAGCGGACGCGCUGCGGUGGACCCCGGCGCCAUGGGGACAGCCUCGUCGCUCGUGAGUCCCGCCGGCGGGGAGGUGAUCGAGGACACUUACGGGGCGGGCGGCGGCGAGGCCUGCGAGAUCCCGGUGGAGGUGAAGCCCAAGGCCCGCCUACUGCGCAACUCGUUCCGCCGGGGCGCGGGGGUGGCGGCGGCGGCCGGGCCCGGGUCGCUGCCCCGCGCUGCGGGCAGCGGCGGGCUCCUGGGCGCCAGCUUCAAGUCCACCGGGUCGUCGGUGCCGGAGCUGGAGUACGCAGCGGCCGAGUACGAGCGGCUCAAGAAGGAGUACGAGAUCUUCCGGGUCAGCAAGAACCAAGAGUUGUUGUCCAUGGGCCGCCGCGAGGCCAAGCUGGACACUGAGAACAAGCGGCUGCGGGCCGAGCUGCAGGCACUUCAGAAAACUUAUCAGAAGAUACUUCGGGAAAAAGAAAGUGCUUUAGAAGCAAAAUACCAAGCAAUGGAGAGAGCAGCUACAUUUGAACAUGACAGAGAUAAAGUUAAAAGGCAAUUCAAGAUUUUUAGGGAGACCAAAGAAAAUGAAAUUCAGGACUUAUUGAGGGCCAAGCGAGAACUGGAGAGCAAACUUCAGAGGCUACAGGCUCAGGGGAUCCAAGUAUUUGAUCCUGGGGAGUCUGAUUCAGAUGACAACUGUACAGAUGUUACUGCUGCUGGAACCCAGUGUGAAUAUUGGAGUGGUGGAGCCUUGGGAAGUGAGCCCUCCAUAGGGAGCUUGAUCCAGCUUCAGCAGUCCUUCAGAGGUCCAGAGUUUGCCCACAGUUCUAUAGAUGUGGAGGGACCCUUUGCAAAUGUCAACAGAGAUGAUUGGGAUAUGGCCGUAGCUAGUUUAUUACAGGUUACUCCCUUGUUGUCACAUUCUCUAUGGAGUAACUCUGUCAGAUGUUACCUCAUUUACACAGAGGAAACCCAACCUGAAAUGGAUCUUUUCCUGAAGGAUUAUUCACCUAAACUUAAAAGAAUGUGCGAGACAAUGGGAUGUUUUUUCCAUGCUGUUUAUUUUCCAAUAGAUGUUGAAAAUCAAUACCUCACUAUAAGAAAAUGGGAAAUUGAGAAGAGUUCUUUAGUUAUUUUAUUUGUUCACUCAACUUUACCAAGCCUUUUAUUGGAAGACUGUGAAGAAGCCUUUCUGAAAAACCCUGAAGGAAAACCACGGUUAAUUUAUCAUCGUCUGGAGGAUGGGAAAGUCAGUUCCGACUCUGUCCAGCAAUUGAUUGAUCAAGUUUCUAACCUCAACAAGGCCAACAAAGCCAAGUUCAUUGAUCACUCAGGAGAUCCUGCAGAAGGAGUAUAUAAAACUUACAUUUGUGUGGAAAAGAUUAUUAAACAGGACAUACUGGGCUUUGAGAACACAGACCUGGAGACUAAGGAUUUGGGAAGUGAUGAUUCCCCUCCAGAAGAAGAUGAUUUUGGGGAUGUUCUGUGGGACAUACAUGAUGAACAGGAGCAAAUGGAAACCUUUCAGCAGGCUUCUAAUUCAGCUCAUGAGUUAGGAUUCGAGAAGUAUUACCAACGCCUCAAUGACCUGGUGGCAGCACCAGCCCCGAUUCCACCCCUUCUGGUGUCUGGAGGACCAGGUUCUGGAAAGUCCCUUCUUUUAUCAAAGUGGAUUCAGUUGCAACAGAAGAAUUCCCCAAACACGCUGAUCCUUUCUCAUUUUGUGGGGAGGCCCAUGUCAACCAGCUCAGAGUCCUCCUUGAUUAUUAAACGGCUGACCUUAAAGUUGAUGCAGCACUCUUGGUCUGUGUCAGCACUGACUCUGGAUCCUGCUAAGCUCCUGGAAGAAUUUCCACGUUGGCUAGAGAAACUCUCUGCACGUCACCAAGGCAGCAUCAUCAUCAUUAUCGAUUCUAUAGAUCAAGUUCAGCAAGUUGAGAAGCACAUGAAAUGGCUAAUAGACCCACUGCCAGUGAACGUAAGAGUAAUAGUUUCUGUGAACGUGGAAACUUGCCCUGCAGCAUGGAGGUUGUGGCCUACACUUCAUCUCGAUCCUUUAAAUCCAAAAGAUGCAAAAUCUAUUAUAAUUGCAGAAUGCCAUUUUGUAGACAUUAAAUUGAAUAAAGAGCAGGAGAAGAAACUAGAACGACACUGUCGUUCUGCUACAACCUGCAAUGCCCUUUAUGUCACCCUUUUCGGCAAAAUGAUGGCACGCAGUGCUGGGAGAGCAGGCGGUGUAGAUAAGGUCCUUCAGGAGUGUCUCCAGUGCCAAGACACUGUCUCACUGUACAGGCUUGUUCUGCGCUCCAUCCAGGAGUCCAUGGCAAACGACGUGGACAGAGAGCUAAUGAGACAGAUUCUCUGCCUUGUCAAUGUUAGUCACAAUGGGGUGAGUGAAUCAGAAUUGAUGGAACUCUAUCCUGAGAUGUCCUGGGCUGUCUUGACCUCCCUCAUUCACAGUUUACAUAAAAUGUGUUUGUUGACAUAUGGUUGUGGCUUGCUCAGGUUUCAACAUCUCCAAGCCUGGGAGACAGUGAGACUAGAGUACAUGGAAGGUCCUGCCACCAUUUCUUCAUACAGGCAAAAGCUAAUUGGCUAUUUCACCUUGCAACUAAGCCAGGACAGAGUGACUUGGAGGAGCGCAGACGAGCUCCCUUGGCUUUUGCAGCAGCAGGGAAGUAAACAGAAGCUGCACGAUUGCCUCCUCAACCUCUUCGUGUCUCAGAACCUUUACAAAAGAGGACACUUCGCUGAGUUGCUGAGUUACUGGCAGUUUGUUGGCAAAGACAAAAGUGCAAUGGCGACCGAAUACUUUGACUCUUUGAAGCAGUAUGAGAAAAACUGCGAAGGAGAGGAGAACAUGAUUUGCUUAGCUGAUCUCUAUGAAACCCUGGGACGAUUUCUCAAGGAUCUUGGCCUCCUCAGUCAGGCUGUGGUGCCUUUGCAGAGGUCUCUGGAAAUUCGAGAGACAGCCUUAGAUCCAGAUCACCCAAGAGUAGCCCAGUCCCUCCACCAGCUGGCAAGUGUGUAUGUGCAAUGGAAGAAGUUCGGCAACGCAGAGCAACUGUAUAAACAGGCUUUGGAAAUCUCAGAAAAUGCUUAUGGCGCGGACCAUCCUCACACUGCUCGUGAACUGGAGGCACUUGCAACUUUGUACCAGAAGCAAAACAAAUAUGAACAAGCUGAACAUUUUAGGAAAAAAUCCUUUAAGAUUCGUCAGAAAGCUACAAGGAGAAAAGGCAACUUGUAUGGGUUUGCCCUUCUACGAAGACGGGCCCUACAGUUAGAAGAGCUUACCUUAGGUAAGGACACACCUGAUAAUGCCCGUACCCUCAACGAACUGGGUGUUCUCUACUAUCUUCAAAAUAACCUGGAAACAGCUGACCAGUUUCUGAAGCGUUCCUUAGAAAUGAGGGAGCGUGUUCUAGGACCAGAUCACCCCGACUGUGCCCAGUCUCUGAAUAAUCUGGCGGCUCUGUGCAAUGAAAAGAAACAGUAUGAGAAAGCAGAAGAGCUUUACGAAAGAGCUUUAGAUAUUCGGAGACGCGCCUUAGCUCCUGAUCACCCUUCUUUGGCAUAUACGGUGAAGCACCUUGCAAUCUUGUAUAAGAAAAUGGGGAAACUAGACAAAGCUGUGCCUUUAUACGAGUUGGCUGUUGAAAUUCGGCAGAAAUCCUUUGGCCCAAAGCACCCUAGUGUGGCAACAGCUUUGGUGAACUUAGCAGUUCUUUAUAGCCAAAUGAAAAAGCACAUUGAAGCCUUGCCAUUAUAUGAAAGAGCAUUAAAGAUCUAUGAAGAUAGCCUGGGUCGGAUGCAUCCUCGAGUUGGAGAAACGUUAAAAAACUUAGCUGUGCUUAGCUAUGAAGAAGGGGAUUUUGAAAAAGCUGCUGAACUGUACAAAAGGGCCAUGGAGAUAAAAGAAGCAGAAACAUCACUCUUGGGGGGAAAAGCUCCUUCAAGACAUUCAUCAAGUGGGGACACUAUCAGCUUAAAAACCACUCACUCUCCUAAUGUUUUCCUUCCUCAAGGACAAAGUCUGCCUUUUCCCUUGACAGAUCGGGCCAAGCACCCUGCCUUCUGUGUUCACCACAUCGCAUAUUUUUUAUGACUGUGCUGUAUGUACCUAUAGUGUCUGAAGUCCUCUGUGCAGAAACAAGCCAACUCUUUAGCAUUCUUUGACCUUGCCCCAUAGUGGACAUAGCUUUCUCUCAUCUUUCUUGAGUGGGCUAAAUCUGUCUCCUCACUUACCUCAUACUCAAAUUAGCCUACUUUUUAUAUUAAAAAUUAAAUAUUUUUAUAGAUUUUAUAAAUAUUGCCACAUUUGGAUGUUAUUUAUACCAUUUAUGUAUUUAUAUUUAGUAAAAUCUUCAUCAAUGUUAACAUUUGUGAGAUGUAGUAGUUGUAAAGGUGAAGUGUAAAAACCGUACUUUACUGUUUAAAAUAAAAGUGCAAUUUCAAGUGUUUUUCCCACUCAAGUUAAUAGAAGAGUUCUACAUUUGGGGUAAUUGUUUAAGAAAUGUAUUGAACAUUUAUUAAUAAAAAGACUUGAAUGUUGUCAAUAUUUAGUAGUCUGCUCAACUUGAAGAAUGUCGGUGACUCUACAGGGACUUGGUAAUGUUCUGUAAGUCCUUGCUGCUCACAGGAUGGUACAAGAAAGAGUAUCACUACCUGGAAGCCUAUUAAAUAUUCAGACUCUGCAGCCUCUUCCCAGACCCCUACCAAGUCCUAAUCUGCAUCUCAGCCUGAUCCCCAGGUAAUUUAUAUGCACAUAAGUGUGAGAAGCAUUGGUAAAACUCCAAUGCCCUAUAGUGGUCAUUUAAAAUAAAUUAAGUAGGAUCUUAUAAAUGAGCAACCUUCUUUCCCCUUUUGGGAGAGGUUCUGAGGGAAAAGAAGAUAAAAUAUGACUAUAACAUACCUUUCACCUUGCUGUGAAAGGCACAAAUAAUUGAAUUCACAAAUAUGUUGGACAUUAAUUUUAGAAUUAAGCUACUGGAACUUAAAAUCUGAUUUAGUAAUAUAAGUAAUGCAUUAUAAGUAUUAUAUUACCAGUCUAAAAAAAAUUGCUUUUGGAAAUAAUAAGACCACUACUCUGGAAAAACCUUGAAAAAACUUAAAAAUAAUAUAUAUAUUUAUUCUUUGCUUCUCCAAAAUUUGAGCUUGAAAAACUUACAAAAAAUAUUAGAAAUGUCUACUGUUAUUUAAAGUGACUUGAUGAUGCUGGGCGGUGUCACAUGCCUAUAAUCCCAGUGGCUCUGGAGCCUGAGGCAGGAGGAUGGAGAGUACAAAUCUAGCCUUAGCAAAAGUGAGGCACUAAGCAACUCCGGGAGACCCUGU